AUGGCGCACUGCGGCGGCGGUCAGGCGGCGUCCGUGGAGAGCCAUUUCCAGGGCCUGCUCGACGACGACGACAAGUACCGCGCAUUGUGCGGCGCCUUCGGGUACGUGCAGCAGCAGGAGUGGCCGGACCUCAGCGGCGCGUGCUACUCGGCGUUCGGCGCGCCGCCGCCGCCGGGUGCAGCGACGCAAGCGACCAGCAACGGCGCCGGCAACUCCUUCACCUGCAGCGGUAGCGCCAGCAGCGGCGGCGGGUCCGCGAAGAGAAAACCUGACGCGUAUGUGGACGCAAAGCUUUGCCAGGACGACUGCAAGAGGCCGAGAGGGAAGCAGCAGCUGUGCGAUCCUGGCGAGGCUGGAGGGGCGGCGAAAGGGAGGCCGGAGAAGCCAAAGGCGUGCGCCAGGAAGAAGCCGGAGCCGGCGGCCGCCGGCCAGAAGACCGACUACAUCCACGUCCGGGCCCGGCGCGGGCAGGCCACGGACAGCCACAGCCUCGCCGAACGGGUGAGGCGGGAGCGGAUCAGCGAGCGGAUGAGGUACCUGCAGGAGCUGGUGCCCGGCUGCGACAAGGUCACCGGCAAGGCCGGCAUGCUCGACGAGAUCAUCAACUACGUCCAGUCCCUGCAGAAGCAGGUCGAGUUCCUGUCCAUGAAGAUCGCCGCCUCCAACCCGGUGGUGAACUUCAACAUCGUCGACGACCUCUUCGGCGGCAGGCGGAUGAACCAGGCGUGCGGCCCCGCGGCGGCCCUGCCCGCCAUGACGCUGCCGAUGCACCAGGGGCAGCUGGACCCGUCCUGCCUUCAGAUGAGCAGCGCUACCAUGCAGCAGAUGCAACAGCCGGCUGCUGGGUUCGGGCUGGACAUGCUCGUCAGCAGCUCAUACCCGGCGGCGCAGAGCGCGCCCCCGUCGGCGGCUGCCACGCCGGUGUCGAUGUCGGCGUCGGCCACCGCGUCCGUCGAUUCAUGCCUCGACGUGAACGGAGCUGCUGCUUGGGACAUUGCGUCUCAGCAUUUGUUCAGUGGGUUCGACGCACAGUUUCAGUCAGUUCAAAGUGACUGUUUGCUAGACAACCUCAAAAUGGAAUUGUAA